CCACGCGCUCCCUGCUGGAGGUGUUUGGUUGCAACAUGGACAUUUCAUCAUCACCCUCAUAGUUGGCUCCGCCUCCUCGCUUGGAGAACAAGCUGGUGAUCCGUCCAUCAAUCAUUGGCACAACACAGCAUGGCAACACUUGAUACUAGCAGCACUCAUACACCAGAUACUAGCAGCACUCAUACACUUUACGCUAGCAGCACUCAUACACUUGAUACUAGCAGCACUCAUACACUUUACACUAGCAGCACUCAUACACUUUAUGCUAGCAGCACUCAAACACUUGAUACUAGCAGCACUCAAACACUUUACGCUAGCACCAAUCAUACACUUUAUGCUAGCAGCACUCAUACACUUGACACUAACAGCACUCAUACACUAUACACUAGCACUUUACGCUAGCAGCACUCAUACACUUUAUGCUAGCAGCACUCAAACACUUGAUACUAGCAGCACUCAAACACUUUACGCUAGCACCAAUCAUACACUUUAUGCUAGCAGCACUCAUACACUUGACACUAACAGCACUCAUACACUAUACACUAGCACUUUACGCUAGCAGCACUCAUACACUUUAUGCUAGCAGCACUCAUACACUUUAUGCUAGCAGCACUCAUACACUUUAUGCUAGCAGCACUCAUACACUUUAUGCUAGCAGCACUCAUACACUUUAUGCUAGCAGCACUCACAUGGAUGACUCCUCUUCCUCAUCCUCCGCGCUGUGGGAGGAGCCAUCUCCACCUGACUGAAGGCUCCACCCACCCUCCAUUUUCUCCACCUGAUUGGACAGCCAGCAUAAACACAUGGAUGACGUCACUCCUUGAAACAAACUACUCACCUUCCAUGCUGGUUGCUGCUGGUCCGGGUCCGGGUCCGCCUCCGGGUCGUGUUUCUUGGAGCGGAGGAACUCUCUGAAGGAGAAUGGGUUGAGCUCCUCUUCAUCUGAGGAGGAAUGGGCCAAGAGGGUCCAUCACGAACCACAACUUGGACGUGAUCAUGACACGCACACGCGCACACACGCGCGAGCACAACCAACCUUCGGUGGUGAGUAAGGUUUUUUCGCGGGUCCCGUGGGUGGACAUGACGUCAUGGGCGAGCUGCAGGGCGAUCGAACCCGAAAACAAUAGAAGGCAGACGUGACAGGGUUUUCACCGUCUUAUUGGUCCGCGAGAUCACGCGACAAAACAGGAACACAAGACCUUCACUUCCUGUACACUUCCUGUCAGCUCGCGCUCAAACUUGGAUCACGUGGCCGUCUGCUCCAAGUGGUUCGGCUCGACGGUCUUGGUACAGACCCGGAAGAGGAGAGACACCGCUCCGGUCCAAAGACUUCAAUGUCUGAAGACAUCCUCAAUGAGGGGGGUGAGCCCCAGGCCCCCUCCCAGGCCCCCUCCCAGGCCCCGUCCACCUUGUCCCCCUCCCAGGCCCCGUCCACCUUGUCCCCCUCCCAGGCCCCGUCCACCUUGUCCCCCUCCCAGGCCCCGUCCACGUCCCAGGCCCCGUCCACCUUGUCCCCAUCCCAGGCCCCGUCCAGGUCCCAGCCAGGUUCCAGUUCGUCCAGCGGCCCGUCUUCAGGCAGCCAGUCCUCCAGCGGCUCAGGGACCCUGAGCAGCGUGGACACGCUUCCUGUCACGUUGCCGUCGGUUCCUGAGGAGCCCGAGUGCCAACCUUGGGGUCGUCUGCUGCCCAUGCACGCCGGCUUUCGCGCUCACGAUUGUAUGGAGGACGAGUACUUGUUCGGGCGCGACUCCAAGUGUCACUACGUCCUGGACGACCCCGAGCACAGGGGAUCCCUGCCAUACCGAAUCUACAGCAAGAGACACUUCAGGAUCUACAGGGACGGCAGCGAGGCGUUCAUCCAGGAUUUGAGUAACAACGGCACGUUCGUGGACGGGAUCAAGAUCGGACGCAACAAGAAGCUUCCUCUGGUCAACAACGCCGUGUUGGCGUUGUCGCAGCAGCGGAACAAAGUCUUUGUCUUCAUCGACCUGAUGUCGGACGAGGACGCCGCGCUACCCGGCCCGCUGAGGGACAAGUACCUGCUGACCCGGCAGAUCGGAACGGGCGUGUGCGGCGAGGUGCGUCUGGCCUUCGAGAGGUCCACCUGCAAGAAGUUUGCGGUGAAGAUCAUCAAGAAGGGGAACUUCCGCUCCGAAGGGACGGCCACGCGGAACGCUCAGACCGAGAUCGAAAUCCUUCAACGGAUCGAUCACCCCUGCCUCAUCAAGACCCAAGACUUCUACCAGACCCACGACAGCUUCUUCAUCGUCUUGGAGCUGAUGGAGGGGGGGGAACUGUUCCAGCGGGUCAAAGUUCAGCAGCUGAGCGAGUCGGUGGCCAAGCUGUACUUCUACCAGAUGCUGCAGGCCGUGCAGUACCUGCACGGGAACGGGAUCAUCCACCGAGACCUGAAACCCGAGAACAUCCUCCUGUCCUCCCCCGAGGACCGGUGCCUCAUCAAGGUGACCGACUUCAACCAGUCCAGGAUCCUGGAGGAGGCGGUCCUGAUGAGGACGCUGUGCGGGACGCCGUCCUACUUGGCGCCCGAAGUCUUCACGCACGCCGCCACCACGGGAUACGGCCUGGCCGUGGACGCCUGGAGCCUCGGCGUGCUGCUCUUCGUCUGUCUGGGUGGGUACCCCCCCUUCCACGACAACUUUGGCCAGCUGUCCGUCACAGACCAGAUCAUCAGAGGGGAGUUCACCAUGGUGCCCUCCAAGUGGACCCACGUGUCCGACCAAGGUGACCCCGUCUGCAUCAGGCUGCAUGUCAAGGGUGGAAAGGUCAAAGGUCAAAGGUGGAAUGGCGUGUGUGUGUGUGUGUGUGUGUGUGCGUGCAGCCAAGGACAUGGUGAGGAAGCUGCUGGUGGUGGACCCCACCAAGAGGAUGAGCAUCCAGGAAGCGCUGCAGCACACCUGGCUGCAGGACCCCGCCAUGCUGGAGGAGGCGCAGGCGCUGAUGUAUCCCGCCCCCAUCGCCGCGGGGGCGGAGCCAGCCUCAUCGAGGAAGCGGCGAUGGGAAGACCAUGAAGGCGAGCGUGCCGCCAAACAAGCCCCGCCCACCCCCCAGCCAUGAUGUCACGUCACUGACCUUUUCUCCAAUAAAGACUUUUUAUUUUUU